AGCUGUGUUUUGUUUUUGGGAGGGUUCGGGUUUGAGCUUUUCUCGGCCUUUGUCAUCAUGCUGGCCGGUGUCGCGGAGCAGUUGGAACACCUCAGUUUCCAGGACCGGGCAGCAGUGCUCCGCAUCUUGGAGGAGGAUGAGCUUCCGACGCCCCCUCCGAUGCCACCUCCUACCCCAGCCUCUCGUGUGCCUGCGAUGCCUCGCCCGGAUUGGGUGCAGGCAGACGCCUGGGAUGGCAUGUCCGAGGAGGACAGGGCGGCUGUGCUGCAGGCCUUGGCAGAUGAUGCGAUCCGAGAAGCCCCAGCUCCCUCCUGGCCAGCUCCCUCCCGGCCAGCUCCCGCACCAGAAGCCCUGGAUCAUGGGUGGACCGGCUUGGCCGAGGAGGACAGGGCAGCUGUACUGCAGGCUUUGGGCGAAGAUGCUCACACGGCACAGGGUGCACACGAAAAAGGCCCACCGCCACCGUCUCCCCGAGCGACAGGGUCGCUGACAGACGAGCUGGUGAGGAUUCGCAGCGCCACAGACUUCAGGGUGGCCUCUAAGAGGCAGCAUCCAAAUCGCCAUCCAGGCUGCGACUUUGAUGAUCAGCAGGAAUGCCACCGCAUCCCGAAUUCUUUGCUGUACGAGGCCUUUCAGCAGACCGAUGAUCCGGCGCUCAAGGACGAGCUGUUGCGCUUCGGUUAUUCCAAGGACAACAUCCGGGCGCAGGCAGGGCGCAACGAGCAUCAUUCGCGCGACGAGCGGGAUGCGGGUCUGUACCGGACUGGCUCGGCAAGGCUGGACAGGAUGAGCUCAGGCUUGGAACAACGCAUGAACCAGGCGCUCUACAGGAUUGUGGAGGAGGGCCGGAUGUCCGCGGAGGCGCGGGGCCACCUACUGCAGGUCAUCGCCAAGCAGAGCGAACCGGGCCGCGACUUCGUGGCCCAGCGCGACAUGAGGUGCUACCAUGAUGCUCACAGCAAGGCAGCCAUCCGCGAGGCGAGAAACACCCAAGACGAAAGCCGGCGAGCGCCGGCGGAGAAUGCAGGACGCGCGCGACCUCCAAGCGCCUUCAUCCCACCGCAAAACCCGACCUCGGCGGUGGGGAGUGGGCUGUAUAAAGGCGCCGGCGCAUAUCACCUCCGCCGCGCGCCGAGCCCUCCCCGCCGCGCGCCGAGCCCUCCCCGCCGCGCGCCGAGCCCUCCCCGCCGCGCGGCGAGCCCUGCCUACACGCCGAGCCAUUUGGCCAGCCCCGGAAUGGGCUUCGACCCCUUUGGGUCUUCAAGCCAUGGCGGCUUUGGCGGUGGCUUUGGCGGUGGCUUUGGCGGUGGCUUUGGCGGUGGCUUCGGAGGUGGCUUCGGCGGUGGCUUCGGACCGUCGCCGGCCUCGUCCAUGUCCAGGUCCUCGUCCGCUGGCUUCAUUGGGCUGCACUCCUCCUCUGGCUGCGCGAACGGGCGCGAAGUCUUUCGGGGCCCCAGGGGCGGCGAGUUCCAUUUCUCCGGCACCGGCAGGAAGGUGUACCACCCGCGCUAGGCUAGGCGUUGGACAAGGCUGUGGUCAAAAGGAGCUGGCGGAUGUCCUCAAUUUCCAACUUUUGCGGUUUUACUGGAAUCC